AUGAAAAACCUACAUUUCAGAGUCAUUACCAUGGUUAUAGGUCUUUAUUUUACUGGCACAAUGACAAACCCAUCAAGAAAAAGCAGUAUUUUAUUCAAUUCCGAGUGCCAAUGGAACGGAUAUCUUCUGACAAAUUGUUCUUUUGCUGGAAAGCAUGAAAUACCUGUGGACGUAUCACAGAUAGCAGCCACAGUGGAUGUAAGUUCCAGUUUCUUUAGGGUUCUCUUACAAACUCACAUGAAAAGAGAAGAAUGGAAUAUAAAACACCUGGACCUCAGUAACAAUCUCAUAUCGAGAAUAACCUUAAGCUCUCUUGCACAUUUUCAUGCUUUGGAAAUAUUAAACCUCAGCAACAACGCCAUUCACUCCGUGUCAUUGGAUCUACUCAGUUUUAAGUCCUUGUGGGUGAAACGCCACAGAGGCAGCUUGAGAAAUGGGCUUCCAUUUCUAAAGUUGCUCAUUCUUCAAAGAAACAAACUCAGUGACAUUCCCAAGGGGCUAUGGAAACUGAAGUCAUUACAGAGUUUGGAUCUGUCAUUCAAUGGGAUAACGCAAAUUGGUUUGUCUGAUUUUCAUAACUGCCUGCAACUAGAAAACCUCCAUUUAAAGAGCAACAAGAUAUUCAGAAUUCAUCCAGAAGCCUUCAAGGACCUAAAAAAAUUACAGGUUGUAGACCUCAGCAGCAAUGCUCUGACCGCCAUCCUGCCGAUGAUGAUGGUGGCUCUAGAACUUCCCCACCUGGACGCUGACUUGGCUGGUAACCAGUGGCAGUGUGACUAUGGCGUGACAGUCUUCCAAAAUGUUAUUUCUGAAUCCUGGAGAAGAAAGUGGAAUGCAAUUUGCAACAAGUCUAUUGGGAAGGAGGAGGCAUACUGGUGGACGCCCACAAGGCGAGCGUCCAGAGAGACCCACCUUCCUCGCACUAAUCUGAAUCAUACGAAAAGCCUCACGACGACGAGCAAAGCUGAGAGGCCCUGGGAAGUGCGCUUUUCCACUCUGCGCAAGAAGGACCCUGCGGGCUCGGAUACCAGUGAGGGGCAGAGACGGCUGCCAAGAAGGGUUAGGAGCGCCGGGGAUGUGCAAGCUGCUGGCAGAAGGGAGGACGCUUCCCAGGACCUGGCCCUGGCCGUCUGCCUGUCAGUGUUCAUCACGUUCUUCGUGGCUUUCUGCCUGGGGGCUUUUGCGAGGCCUUAUGUGGACAGACUGUGGCAACAGAGAUGCCGGAAAAAAAGUCCAGGUUCAGGGAACGUGUAUUCAAACCAGGGCUUCUACGAUGAAAUCGUAGCUGUAGGGAACAUGGAGCAGCCAAGGAUGGAUCUGCGCCAAACUUUCUACGGUCCAAACCUCUGCGAGAACCAAGCCCCACACGCGGCUGUCACUCCUGCGAGGACGCUGGCACCGAGCAGCAAGGAGGCUGGCGGCCGGCAGGGCGGAGAACGAUGCGGGGACCACACUGGGGCAGGAAGCGGGAAGGAUAACGCGCUCCCAAAUCACAGUGCAGCCCGGCCCGUUCUCCGCGGACGGCCGAAUGCUGAUACCCAACUAAUGCCGGCGGGACAGGACUGCAUCUACAGGUAUGAUAUUCCUGGAGAAGUAAAUUAUGACACUGUGGCCGGGGAAGAUUCCCUCUGUGAGCAUUCAGUGGGCAUCCCUGCCGUGGCUGCCAGAUUACAGACAAGCCCUGGCUCAAUCUGUAAGGAUUCCAACGAAUUAGGCCCACCCUUCCCCAGGGAAAUGACCACGCCUCUCUCCCAAAUGGUGGCGCGCACAAAAGCGCUGAGGACUGGAGAGAAGGAGGGGAGAGGGGGCACUCCACACUUCCCUUUGGAGUUUUCUAAGAAUGUGCUGAGCGCACAGCAGCAAAGGCUCGAGGGCGCCGGUGACGAGGAGGAGCCCCUCGCCCACUACGGAGCGGCCACGCUCGGUGGCCCAGGAGCCACGGACCCGUCCCCACCCGUCUUCGCUCGGGGCUGGGGUCAUGACCUGCAUGUGACUCGUGCUAACAAGGAGCUAGCACAAAAGGACACUCCUGACGCUCAGCACGAGUUGGACACCGAUUCUGACGAAGGGUCUUUAUUUACUCUAAGUUCAACAAGUUCAGAAGACUGGAGAAAUGUGGCUGAAGCAGAGGCACGUGGCGAGGAGAGCUGCAGAGCCAACGAGCCCCGGGGGGAUGAGGACUCAGGGGAGAGGAGGGACAAGGUCGUGUCAUUAGAGAGUCUUGAGGACAGCAUCGCCUUCCAGAAGAUUCUGGGGAAAUGUGAGAAUCAGGAAGCUCGUUCUGGAAAAACUCUCAUUUCUGAUCCAGACUACGGUUUGUACGAGGCUCAUCCAGAAAGUGGCUCUAACACCAAUAAGUUUGAGGAUCCCCUGACCUCGCCCAGGUCACUGGGCAACAGUCCUUGCAGUGAUGAGAUCCCGGGCAUGUCCAUUGACAACUGUGUCACAGCUCUUCAAUCCAAGGCAGCAGAGUGGCAAUGCUCACUUAGAGACUUGGAGUUUUCAGUUGUGGAUGUUUUACCACAAACGCCAACACGUUCGGCUGAAGUUCCCUCGGAUCCUGAUGAGAGUGCCUGUGGUGAAGGAGAUGCAGACAUUUGUAAAUACGAACCUUACGUUCAGGGAGUAGACACAGCUCAAAGCAACAUUCCUUCCAAGAUCGCUGUGGGGAAAAACUUAAGACCCUCACGACAAGAUUCUGAAGAGGACAACAUGAAUGGACACUGAUGUGGGGUUUGUAUGUCCUCUUGAGGACAGUGAUUCCAGAAAGGUUAUAAGCCAAACACAAUUGUUACACUCCUGUGGUGAU